AUUUAAUAGCACGUCGACAUAGUGCGGAACUGCUGAUUGCACGUCCACUUUGUGCAUUGUGUCGGUUGCAGCUACUAGCAAGUCCAAUCAGCGGAUUUAUCAGUUUGAGUUACGGUUAUUAAAAAUUAUUGUAUGGUACUGCACUGUAAGACUUAGAAUCAGCAGAAAUUUGAGGAUGGCGUGAUUUGUUACUGUUUGCGGUAAUUUGCCUCUCAGUAUCGACUCACGACUCGUGGAAUACUGCAGCAAAGGAAGAAAUACUUUCGUAUUUUUUAACUAUUGUAUCGCCGUUUUGACAUCAUGUCUGGACGUUUUGGGAAUAAAUAUCCCGCUCACCGGUACGAGGGUUAUGCUUCCCGCAGCUCAUUGAUUAAGAAGCAUCGUCAGCCAAGGGAGAAGAUUGAUUACGUGCUGGAUAGCGCAGGAUGGUAUCGAAAACGAAUCCCUAAAGAUGCCUCUUGUCUGUUCCGGGUCGUCUCCGAGCAAGUAUUCCAGAAUCAGGUUCAUUUCGCAAUGGUGCGAAAAGCCUGCAUCAGGUUCAUGAAAAUGAACUCUCCGAUAUUUUCAAAGUUGAUCCCCAAGAAUGAAACAUGGGCGCAAUAUCUGGAGAAAUUGCAGUCGGAAGAGACAGCUGCGAAUCAUCCGGAAAUGUUGGCCAUGUCCAUCUUGUACAAGCGGGAUUUCAUUGUCUACCAUCAUAGCCAGAAGGAACCAGAGAACAAAACCAACCAGGGUUUUGACAAGCAUGUUACUCUGUGUAUGUACGGCGACAACCAUUAUGAUAGCGUUUUACAAAAGGAGGAGCUAACAAAGGCGGGAAUCGCUCAAGCUAUUGUCUACGAUAUCCAGUACUGCACGGUGUUCAAACUGGGAAAGGCAGUGGACAUUCUGACCAAUCACAUGCUAAAAGAGCCGCAGAACCAUGAAGGAUUUAAGCGAUCUCCGUCCGACGGGCGCAGCGAAUUGUCAAAUGAAGAUCUGGAGGCAGUCUUGUACAGCACUUUUCGGGAAAAAGGGCCGCCAUUUCCGUACAAGAUUGCAAAAUCGUUCAAGCCGCAUAUUUAUCGCAACGUUGAUUUUGAUGUUUGGAUCGAAGAUCGAAAGCGCACAAUGAAGCAGGAACAGGAAAGGGCUUGUGAAGAGAAGGGUGCUUUGAUCCCUGGCUCGCUGUGCUGGAUAAAUCGCACGCCCGACCGUCACGAUAACUGGGGCAAGGAAUGGGGAGUGGUCCAGAAAAUAGACAGAGACCAGGUGGACAGCCAGACGGUUACAGGUUAUUUCGUUUAUGUGGUGGAGAUUGGAGAAACAGAGAAGUUCACAAAGGCGCAGCUGAAGUACAAAGAGGUGGAGGAAGAGUAUACGCGUGACCCGUAUGCGAAAAAAAGUUCGGCUCCGGAUGCUUUCAGAGCCCGGGUUAAUGCUGUCCCAUUUUCUCAUCGAGGGCGGCUUGAAUUCCGAAACCGGAAUUAUUAUGAUGCUCGUCCGGGUUAUCAUGACCAGAAUCGUUACAAACAUCCCGGUCCAGGAAGAGAUUUCAGUGUCCGCUGUGCUGCGCCUGUUUUUCCGGCACCCUCACGAUUUCCGCUUUCCAGGAUGCAGUAUCCGAAUCGUCCACCACAAUGGAAUCCACCGGUUCCUAACAGCGUGAAUAUGGUGGCUUCUGAACGAUUGCCGAUGUAUGCUCAACCGCAGUUCGUCCCGACCGUCCCCCAAGGAUUUGCAAAUUUCCCGAGCCCUUACGUGAACGAAGGAGGUAUUCCCAUUCCCAACCAUCUCGGCCAGAACAUGGUGAAUGACGGAAGCGUUGCCGUUUACAACAAUCCCGGCCAGAACAAUAUGGCGAAUGAUGGAAAUGUUGUCGUUUACAACAGUUUUAGUCAUAAUUUCGGUCCUCACCAUAACAAUGUUAUGAUUGCGUAUCCGUUAACUAGUACUGCCGAUGGGAUUAUGGUGCCGGGGCAACCGGGCUUUAUCGUCCAUUAUUACGGUCCUGUUCUCCCUCAGAAUCCUCCCGUAUCUUGAGAGCGUUAGCGGCAUGGACGGCGUAUGCGCCUAUGCGGAAUAGUUUUUGCCUAUACAGGAUAAUAGACAUGCGUGAUUUAAAGGACCAAGCUGCGGCUAUCAUUUCAGUUUAUAUUAUAGUUUGCAUUUUACUGGUUUUGUGUCAUUCCUUCUUUUUAUUCUUGUUUUAGCCUAGUGUCCUUAAUUAUGUAGUUACACAGUUGAUUAGUCAGUUCUCUGAUAAUGGACACUUGAUGAUAUAAACACAGUUAUCAUGUA